AUGACUUGUGUAGCUACCAUUCACGACUCUGCCCCUGAUUAUAAGUUCGGGAAGGAGAAUCCUCGUAAUCCUCGUUUGAAGGAUUACGUGCUGUCUCCGUCGGGUGUCGCUCGGAUAUCUGAAGUUCGAGCUGAUCCGUGGGAUUCUGCCUCUUCUCCCGAAGCUGUUCCAGUGAAAGUCGUGCUCCCUGAUUUGAGGACAACCUCGGAUCCGGGUCCUGGGACUGACGCUGUGCCGCGUGCCGUUCCUUCGGUUUCAUCUCCGGCUCGGAUAGAUAUCUCUUUAUCUAGGAACCGGGAUCAGCGCAAAAGGAAGAGCAGCACUCUUUUGAGGCCUUCUGCGCAUCCGAAGAAGGCGAAAGCUGAUCAGUCUUCGGAGAAGGAAGUGGUUUCGGAAGUCAUGCCUCCUCCCAAAAACCUCCUUCACUUCAUGCCCUUGCCCGGGCAGAAGUUGAAGAGUGUGGUGGUUGUGGAACCGCCUCCCGUGGACCAACCGCUGGCUGAGGAAGAUACCAUCCCUUCUCCGCUGAAGCCGUCUGCUGCUUUAGGGAUCGAGAUCCAGGAUAUAACCAAGGUGAUGGAGGCAAUUGAAGCCGACCUUGUUCCUGGCUCGGAUGUCCCUAUUGUGGCCGAGCAGAAGGAAGAAGCUGCUGACGUUUCUCUCGAAAGGGAGAAAAGUCCGGAUAAGGAGAUGGUGGAUCUCACCGAAGCUCACGUAGAGGUUCCCGAAGCUGAGAAGGAGGAACCCGAGCAGGGUCUGACGAGGAAGAGGCGUCAUUCGACCUUGGGCUCCACUUCGACCUCGGCCCUGGAUAGACUGAUCCACGCUGACCCUUGCUCGGAUGUUCCGCUGAAACGGAUCCCCGAAGAGGUAAGGGAAGCGAUGGCUCGCUAUGCCAGAGCUCCGGUUUUGGGGGAGAACCCCAUGGCUCACGUGGGAUCUUUGGUGGGUCCCGAAGCUGCACGGGAGAAUCUUCUUCGGGCCAACCCGCAGUGGAGGGUUCCUGGAGCUGAGGAGAGGAACCCAGCUAUGAUGGCCCAAUAUUAUCUGAAUGAGGCUGUUUUCUGGUCCUCGUUCGCUUCCGAGUGUAGCUCGGUUGAGGAAAGGCAGCUGAGGAGGUAUCAGGAGGCUUAUGCUCGUGAUAUCCCUGUCUUGGACCAGAAGGCUGGGCAGCUCAUGGCCGAGAUGGUGGACCUCAAGCAACUGUACCUUCAGUACAGUCGUGAGGCUAGGGAAGCGGCGGAACAGAUCGGGGCCGAAGUUGGGAAGCUCACUUUCCAAGUUGAAGAGGAUGCUGAAAAGAUAGCUUCCUUCGACAGGGAGAGGAGAGAAAUGGCUGCCAAGUUUGCGAGCGAGCUUGAAGAAAAAGACAGUCUUCUCAAGGAGAUGACGUCUAAAUUUGAGGCGGCCAUUAAGCAGAGCCAGGAAGCGGAGGCGAGGCUUCAGCAGUUUAUCAAGCACCGGGAGAUUGUUCAGAAUCAAGCUGACAAGGUGCCCGUUCUCCAGCUGAAGAUCCGAGAGAAAGAUGCUGCCAUUCGGAAGUUGGAGCAAGAGAGAGUUGACCUCUACACUGCUGAUCAGUGUAGAGAGCAAUACUGGAAUGGCAUCCUGGGUGCUCGGCGGAUGUUCGCGAAGCAUAUGCCUCAUUUCCCUUGGAAUGAGAAGGUUCCGCUCUGGAUGAGGGCCCAGGAUCACUUGGUGGAGUGCCAGGCCGAUCGAGACGAAGCUGAAGCUGAACGCCAAGCUGCUCUUGCAGAGGCUCGGGCCCAGAAGGCGGCUUCCGAAGGUGAUACUACUGCUGGGGGUUCUUCGAAGGAUGCUCCUCUGGGGGAUGCUCCUGAGACUCCCAAGAGCUAGGGAUUCGGGCAGUCGUCUUCUUCAGAGUCGGUCGGUUCCAGUUGAGGACUUCCGAACAUGUGCUUGCCUUUCCCCCCUUUUGCCUCGGCGCUGCGUUGUACUUAUUUCUUUUUUGUUUUCUUUAGUACUUCGGUAGGCCGGUAUUGUCUGUUGAUGGCUGCCGAUUUUAACUUGUUUCAUUUUGUUUUCAAUUUUUGAGGUUUUUCGAUGUAUUUGUACUUCCCCCAAAUAUUGAAUAAAAAAUGAAUGUUUGUUACUUGGCUGCUUCUUUUCAACUUGUUCUUUCGCAAUUUUUAGGUCUUUAAAUCCGUAGAUUUCUCGAGCUCCUCUUUCUGUAGACUUGCUAAAAACCUUUUGACCUUGCGAG